AUGAUGCAAGGUUCUUUGAUACUCUCCUUCGUCGCACUCGCGGGCGCACAGUCCAAGAGUGCUCAGUAUGGAAAUUAUAGUCAAUACGGAGGUAGUCCAGCGGUGUAUCCUUCUCCAAACAUCACAGGAAUUGGGGGAUGGGAAGCAGCAUUGAGCAAGGCAAAGACGUUCCUGAGCAACCUAAAUCUUGAAGAAAAGGCUCAGAUGGUGACUGGUACCCCGGGUCCUUGCGUGGGAAACAUCAGCCCGAUACCUCGCCUCAAUUUCAGCGGCCUAUGUCUUCAAGAUGGCCCUCUCGCUAUCCGCCAAGCUAUCGAUGCAUCUGUGUUUCCUGCCGGCCUCACUGUCGCUGCUUCAUGGGACCGUUCACUCGCUCGGGAACGUGGGGUCCAUAUGGCUAGUGAGUUCCGCGGAAAGGGCUCGCAUGUAGCCCUCGGGCCGGUUGUUGGACCGCUAGGCCGUUCACCCUUCGGAGGCCGCAACUGGGAGGGUUUUAGCCCAGAUUCCUACCUUUCUGGUGCACUUGUCGAAGAUACGAUUGAAGGCAUGCAGAGCGUAGGAGUUCAAGCCUGCGUCAAGCACUUCAUCUUGAAUGAGCAAGAGACACAGAGAAAUCCCUCCGUGAGCGAGAACGGUGUUACUAUCGAAGCUGUUAGCUCGAAUGUCGAUGACAAGACUAUGCACGAGACAUAUCUCUGGCCUUUUGCGAACGCAGUUAGAGCCGGAUCUGCGUCUGUGAUGUGCUCCUACAACCGUAUCAACGGAAGCUAUGGAUGCCAAAACUCCAAGACACUCAACGGCCUGUUGAAGGAAGAGCUUGGAUUCCAGGGUUAUGUAAUGUCUGAUUGGCUUGCGACUCAUACUGGUGUCGCGGCGAUUGAAGCUGGACUUGACAUGGACAUGCCCGGAGGCAUCGGUUUCACAUCUGGGACGCCAACUUACUUUGGUGCCAAUGUUACCAUGGCAGUGAAUAAUGGUUCCCUCGCCCUUGGACGACUCGAUGAUAUGAUUCUUCGCAUCAUGACGCCAUAUUACUAUCUCGGUCAAGACAACAACUAUCCUCGUAUCGAUGCUUAUACGCCAAAGCUGAACUUUUACCCAGAGUCAGCUUACCUCUACAACUACACCUAUGGCCCCGAGGUAAACGUUCGGAGCGCAGCAUCCACUCAGCUGAUUAGAGAAUUGGGUGCUGCAGGUACUGUCCUUUUGAAGAAUACCAACAACACACUGCCACUUCAGCAGCCAAUGAAGAUUGCUGUCUUCGGAAACGAUGCUGCGGAUCUCACCACUGGUCAGUACUACAGUGAUGAUUUCGACAUUGGAACUCUUCCUGUUGGUGGUGGCAGUGGCACUGGGCGUUUCUACCAGAUCAGCCCUCCACUUGACGCCAUAAAAUCUCGGGGACAGUCGUAUGGCGCUCAUGUCCAGUACAUUAUGGAUAACAAGUUCAUCUCACAGAUUGGGCUGUCAUCGUUAGCACCAGUACCAAUAGACGUCUGCAUCGUCUUCCUUAAGUCGUGGGCUAGCGAAGGCUCCGACCGCACGACUUUGAUCCCAGAGUGGAAUUCCACAACGGUUGUGGAACGUGUCACUAGUGUAUGUAACAACACGGUUGUUGUUCUUCACGGUGCAUCACCGAAUACCAUGCCCUGGCGAAAUAACGCAAACAUUACCGCUAUCCUUGUAGCUCACAUGCCUGGAGAGGAAACAGGCAAAUCCAUCGUCGACAUUCUUUGGGGAGACGUGAAUCCAUCUGGCAAGCUUCCAUAUACCAUUGCGAACAACGAGAUGGAUUAUCGACACAACAUCGAGAACAGCACGACUUUGCAAGAUACGAAUAAACCUGUUGCCUGGCAAGCAGAUUUUGUAGAAGGUAAUUUGAUAGACUACAAGGAAUUCGAUGCCGAGAAUAAGAGUGUCGCAUUCCCCUUCGGCUUUGGGCUCAGCUACACCACCUUUGAGGUUUCAAAUCCAAAGACUCAGAUUGUGGUAGCUAACGCCUCGCGUACUCCGGAUCCCAAUGCACCAAUACAUCCCGGUGGCAAUGUGGAGCUUUGGGCGACUCUGGUAACAGUUGAGGUUACCGUCACUAACACGGGUCCAAAGCGGGGAGCUGCUGUCCCUCAACUCUAUCUCUCGUAUCCGAGUGAGGCGGGAAUGCCAGUGCGCAGUUUACGAGGCUUCGAGAAGAUCCUUCUGAACCCUAACGAGUCCAAAUCUGUGCUAUUCAACUUAGCGCGGCGUGAUGUGAGUUAUUGGAAUGUCACUUCGCAGAAGUGGACAAUUCCUGCAGGUAGCAUUACUGUCGGUGUAGGCUUCAGCUCUCGUGAUCUACCAUUACAGAGUACUUUCACUAUUUAA